AUGAUGCGGAAGACGCUCAGAGAACGCCGAGAGUACCUCUUCUCAAAGGCGCAAGAGGAUAAACAAGCUACGUCACUGAAAAAGGCCAGAAAACUCAAAGAAGCAUUGAAAAAUAACAAACCUAUACCUACAGAACUAAGGAAUCUUAGCGGAGAAGUACACAGCUCGCUGGACUUGCUUGAUGAUCAUCACCGCGAGGAACACACGCACGCUGAUGACGAAUAUGCUUUCGUAGGGAUAAAAACACCGAAGGUCAUGGUAACCACCUCACGUGACCCUUCAUCCAGGCUAGCACAAUUCGCUAAAGAAGUCAGACUUAUAAUACCAAACUCCGAGCGUAUGAACAGAGGUUCUUACAUACUUAAGGAUCUAGUGACAUUCUGCAAAUCCAAAGAUGUAUCCGACAUUGUUCUUCUCUAUGAACACAGAGGGGAGCCAAAUGCCAUGAUUAUAUCGCACCUUCCACAUGGCCCAACUGCAUACUUUCAGCUAUCGCAGGUAGUCUUGAGGCAUGACCUACCAGAAAAACCGCCCACAAUGUCUGAGGCAUAUCCACACCUCAUAUUCCAUAAUUUCACAUCGCAAUUGGGCGAAAGAGUUAAAAAUAUAAUAAGGUACAUGUUCCCACCUGCAAACGAAGAUGAGACACGUGUACUCUCAUUCGUCAAUAAACGGGACCUGAUACAUUUCCGACACCAUGUAUGGGCGUCAAAUAACCGGGAAGGAGACGAAAAAGAGGUACAAUUAACUGAAGUUGGACCCAGGUUCAUUAUGAGGCCCUUCAAAAUAGAACUAGGUACAGUGGAUAUGCGUAACCUUGAGACGGAGUGGGCACUAAGACCUUAUUUCAAUACAAGGAAACUGGCACUUACCGCAGAGUGA